AUGGGCAACAAAAGACGCGCCAGCGUCGGAGAAGACGGCAGCGACGCCGAGGUAGUGCACAAGGUCUCCAAGAAGAGCAAAACCAGCGCAGGCAUCGUCUCACCUGCAGGAAAAGAUGAUGAAGGCAACCCUUUCUGGGAGAUCUCCAACACACGCCGAGUGGGCAUUUCUGAGUUCAAGGGCGUAUGCAUGAUCAGCAUUCGAGAGUACUACGAAAAGAACGGCAAACUUUUGCAUGGCAAGAAAAUCCAGGGCAUCUCGAUGCCGGUGGACCAGUACGCCGCGCUACUGAAGCUUUUGCCUUCAAUCAGCGGAAAGCUACGCGAAAUGGGGCAACUCGUUGAUACGCCGGACAAACCUGAGGGAGACACCGCAACCAUGGUGAAGAAGUCGAAGAAGGAAAAGUCGGACAAAGCAAACAUCGAGGCCACGAGCGACGAGGAUGAGGACUAG